AUGAACACCUCCGGAAGAACUUUUCAUAUUUCCGAUGGGUCUUUAGCUGACCAAUCGCCGGCGACGCCAGUGGUGAAGAUGGAGCGGGAAAAUGGCGUGGGGGAGGAGAGGUGGGAUCGCAGCUUCCACGAGUUGCGCAUUAUGACUCAAUGGGACUUAUCUAUUUUUCAACGGGAAGCCCCCAUCCCCAAAACUAGAUCGUCUACUGUCCCAACGAUGACCUCCACUCCCUUUCCUUCACCAGCUCGGUGCCACCUGGCCCUCCCCGUUGUCUUGUUCUACAUGGUAGAGUUCCUCCUUGUCCUUGAGUACCUCCACGCUCGGAGCAUCAUCUACUGA